AAAAUUAUGGAGUACAAUAUUUAAUGUUAAGUUUCGUGUGAUGUUCAUUAAUAUGUGAAAUAUUAAAAUAAAACAGCCUCUUCAAUUUAUAUACGAUUUUUCGUGAAGCCAGUUUCAAGAAAUAUUAAUUAUAUUCCAUCGAAAAAUGUUGGGUAUUUUUGGUAGAAAACUCUUGGAGUGCAAAGGGUUAAAAAUAAUAUUUUUACCAAUACCAUGGGACAGUUGUUCAUGAAUACUUUUUUCUUCCGCUCUAAGUAGAAGAACGAAACUUCCGAGUACGUCCUUGAACGUUUUCUACUGUGUCGCACCAAAGCACCGAAUUAUUCAAAUGUGCUUUUAAUCCUUGUAGAAGCUGAGAUUGCCGAACAUCUAAAAAUCCAGAAUACGAUGAACAAAGGAAAACAAUAAUCAGACAAUAAUGAAAUUCGGGUUUGGUACGCUAAGUGUUGGUCGCGCGUAAAAAUACACAAAGUAUUGUACGAAUGAUUUCGUAGGGUCUCUGAGGCAAUGAUCGUUGAUCGGACAAGGAUUAAAAUCACGAGUAUAUGUACGUGAAAAUGCUGAAUCCCUCUCGACGUGUAAAUACCGUCUCUAUUGUAAAUACACUCGUUUUCCACCGACACCGAUCGAUGAUGUUAACCCACGACACAAUAAUUGCCAAAAUUCCGAUUAUUCGUUACGUCGGUGUUACGUUGCAUAGUUGGAACUCUUCAAUGGUUGCAAGAAUUUUCAUGAAAGCUCUUCCAUUUUAACGAGAUACUUCUAUACUUGUUCCGUUUUUAUUUGAACGCCUGUAACAUUUACGCGAAUUAACGAUAAUAGGUUAUACGUUACCAGCGUACGAAAAUGAAAUGACGAUUUAUCAUUGCAGUAAUUAUUUGUCCACGCGGCAAGAAGAUUACGUUUGAUUAUUAUAUUGUAUUAAGAUCCUUGCAAUCAUCCAGCUGACGUGAUUUCAUUGCUUACGGGGAAAUAUUCUAAUUGGAUAGUUCGUAUAUAUUGUCAAUUACAUUUUAUAAAGCAACUUUGUAGUAUUUUUAUCUCCUAAGUGGAUUUAAUCAAUUCCGUCUUUUUACACAUCACAGCACGCUUAUUAUACAUACGUACAUGUAUACCUGAAUGUAUUGCAAACGGUUUUCGAGUCUGAUCGAUCCAACGAUGCGUAUCUAUUAAGCUAAGUUGCUUGUACUCGCAAAAUGUAUUGCUGUUAUUCGAAUCCUAAAUUGCGUUUCAACAGAAUUUAAGGAAGCAAACAAUUGUAAUGAACGAAACAAAUCGCUGUAGUCCGAUUCAAAUGUGAAUUGAUCGAAAUAUAUCGAAAUAAUUGAUCUCGAAAAGUACUCGUUUCAGCGUUAACUUCUCUUUGCAGAAUAUCUGCUUCAUACAAUUUCAAACGACUAACGUUUGAUGGUCAACUAACAUUGAUUAAAUAUUCAGUGUUUACAAACUUUUCAAACCAUUUCAGCUAUUUGCGUAGAUUGUUCAUUGAUCCCCAUUGCUUGAUCUCAAACAUGCAUAUAUUUUUUUUGUAGGAAAAUGAAGGGUUCAUUCAAUUCUGCAGUACUCAGUCCACUGCAAACACGAUCAACCUAUACGGUUUAUAGUAUUUGGACCAAUUUUCUUUCAUUUAUUGUAUUUAAUUACAUAAUUUGUAUCCUUAAGUAAUCUGCAAAUGACCUGUUUUUUAAUUUAUCGAUAUAACAGAAAUAAUAAGUAUCAAAUUUCUUUGAAACAAGUGCAUCCCUUCUCUUCGAAAAAAUAUGCUCGGAUUAUUUAUGUAUAAAUACAUAGGUUUCGAUAAUUGUCAGUGUAUAUAUCAAUGGUAAACAAAUAACACAUUGUAUUGCAAUAAAUAUUGUGAUAUUGCAUCGUUGAAUUUAUAUUUUUAUAAAAUGUCUGACGAGGAAGUAAUUCGUCGAAGAUUACUCAUCGAUGGAGAUGGAACCGGGGAUGAUCGUAGGAUAAAUAUGUUAUUGAAAUCAUUCAUAAAAUGGGUAAACAAUCCUGAUGUAGACAACACGUUGCAUGAAAGAAUGUUAUCACAACUUGCCCAGUGUGAAUUUGCACAAAGAAAGUCUAGAUUGGUCUCAAAUAUGAGUCAAGAUGAAUUAAAGAGAUACGAGAAAUUAUCAAAAGAGAUAGAAAUUCAAAUAGAAGAAGCCAAGAACGAUAUAGAGAAAACAAAGGCUGAACUACAGGAAGCAAAACGUGUAAGAAAGAAUAGAAUCGAGUAUGAUGUGUUAGCAAAAGUUAUAAAUGAGCAACCAGAUAGAGUGGAAACAAAUUUAAAGCUUGCAACCCUACGCGAAGAAUUAGGCAAACUGAAGGAGAAAUCUGAACAAUUAGAACACAAAUUGGAAAUGAGGCGCAAACAAUUUCAUGUACUAAUAUCUUCUAUACAUUCUUUACAAGGAAUGUUGGAUGAAUGCGAUGAAGAAAUAAUGGAUGUGAGUCUAGAGAACUAUGAGGACAAUGAUACUUCCAUGCCUUGUAAAUCUGAAACUUCAUGACAUGGAAAUAUAUUAUGUGCAUAAAUUUAUAUUAUUUUCUUCACAUAACUGUUUCAUUUGUACAAAACCAAUCAACUUUCAUUAUCCACCAAAGUAUUUUAUACAGUGUUAAAAAACAAAAACGGAUUGACAGUAAAUAUUAUACAA